CAGGACGCGCAACUGUCACCGAAAUUCUUACAACAACGACAACGACAUGCGGUGGCUACUUUCUUUUCUUCUGCUGGGGCUUCUGUCCGUGGUACACGCGGUGAGCUCUAGUGGAAACAAAUUGUUGGUAGUACUGGAGGAAUUGGCGGACAAGGCGAAAUACUCGAAAUAUCUGGCGGACCUGGAGAGCAGAGGAUUUAAAACCACAAUCGAAUCACCAAAAGCUGAAAAGAUUGCAUUGUUCGAGCUGGGCGAGAGAGCUUAUGACCACCUCCUCCUGUUACCAGCAAAGUCGAAAGGCCUUGGACCAAAUCUCACACCUAAGCUUCUCCUCGAUUUCAUCAAUGCUGGCGGAAAUAUCCUGCUAACCCUCGACUCUACCCACCCAACUCCCUCCGCCCUGGUAUCACUCCUCCUUGAACUCGAUAUCCACCUACCUACAGAUCGCAAUGCCCUCGUGGUGGAUCACUUCAAUUUCGACACACUCAGCGCCGCAGAAAAACAUGAUGUGGUUCUCGUUCCCCGACCAGACGCCCUUCGGCCAGACGUGAAGAACUUCUUCAAGGGAGACGGUAAAGGUGGAGAAGUCAUUGCUUUCCCAAGAGGCGUUGGACAGACCUUAGGCAACACGAGUCCACUAUUGACCCCAAUUCUUCGAGCUCCUCGCACUGCCUACUCAUACAAUCCUAAGGACGAUGUGGAUGGAGUGGAGGACCCAUUCGCAGUCGGAACGCAACUCUCCUUGAUCACCACAAUGCAAGCAAGGAAUUCAGCACGCUUCACUGUUAUUGGUGCAGCUGAGAUGCUGGAGGAUGCUUGGUUUGAUGCCAAGGUUAAGCGCAGUGUUGGCAUGGGUGGUGUUGGAAGUGAUGCGAAGCAGGUGAAGACUUCCAACCAAGCUUUCGUCAAGGAGGUUACAGGAUGGACAUUCAACGAGAUUGGUGUUUUGAAGGUUGGGAAGAUUGAGCACUACCUCAAUGAAGUUGGAGUCAAGAGCAACGUCACUAACCCAAAGAUUUAUAGAGUGAAGAACGAUGUGACAUACAACAUUGAACUCUCGGAAUGGUCUUGGGAUCACUGGGAAGCAUUUACUCCUCCCACUGGUGAUGUGGUCCAAUUAGAAUUCUCCAUGCUGUCACCCUUCCACCGCCUCCCUUUGAAGGUUGCUAGCACCACCAAAACCUCUACGACCUACACUACAAGCUUCAAGCUCCCAGACCAACACGGCAUCUUCAACUUCAAGGUCAACUACAAGCGACCAUUUUUCUCCAAUGUGGAGGAGAAGAACACUGUUACCGUCCGCCACUUUGCGCACGACGAGUGGCCAAGGAGUUGGGUUAUUAGCGGUGCAUGGCCUUGGAUUGCAGGUAUCGGAGUUACAGUUACAGGAUGGGUGGCGUUUGUUGCACUUUGGCUUUGGAGCAAGCCUGUGCCGUUGAAGUUGACGACUUCCGGGAGGAAAAUACAGUAGACAUGCACGGAACUGGGUUGGGAAUCUGUAUCUGUAUGAUGAAAAUAAAAGUGUAUAGGGCAUAGAUGCAGUGUCAUUAAAGUUUGGGCAAUUUAGCAAUUUAUAGGUUUCAUCUGAAGUUCGUUUCGUCUGAAUUUUAGGAGGCGAUCAGAUAUCGUUUUAUGCCCAUUGGUUUCCUACCC